UACAGCGCCGCCGCGACUAGUACUGGGUUCUUGCCCCAGUCGCCGUCCCUGUCACUUGAUUGCAGCACCACCGCGACAAUUACCGGGUACUCGCCCCAGUCGCCGGAUUGCACCAUAUUGACCUCGGAGGGACUCAAGGCAGUUGCGAAAAUUACCCGGUACUCACCGCCCCAGUCACCGGAAUGCAGCGCAUUAACCUCGGAAGGACUCAAGGCAGUAGCGACAAUUACCCGGUACACACCCCAGUUGCCGGAAUGCAGCGCCGCCGCGACCAGUACUGGGUUCUUGCCCCAGUCGCCGUCCCUGUCACUCGAUCGCAGCACCACCGCGACAAUUACCGGGUACUCGCCUCAGUCGCCUGAUUGCAGCACCACCGCAACAAUUACCGGGUACUCGCCUCAGUCGCCUGAUUGCAGCACCACCGCGACAAUUACCGGGUACUCGCCUCAGUCGCCUGAUUGCAACACCACCGCAACAAUUACCGGGUACUCGCCUCAGUUGCCUGAUUGCAACACCACCGCAACAAUCACCGGGUACUCGCCUCAGUCGCCUGAUUGCAGCACCACCGCGACAAUUACCGGGUACUCGCCUCAGUCGCCUGAUUGCAGCACCACCGCAACAAUUACCGGGUACUCGCCCAAAUCACCUGGGCAGUCUAACACUACACCGCCUAUGGAUUUCUUAAAACGUGUAGUUGGCGGUGCCUUCCCCCUUCAUAGGGAAUUGGGUGCCCUACAUGAAUUGGUCGACAGCAUGAGAGUCGACCUGUUGCAGACAUCGAUGCUGCUUGAUUAUGUUAAAAAUUUUUUAAAGAACAUCCAUGUUGAUUGA